GCCUGUCGGGGCUCUUCGAGACGGGGCUGCACCACGCGGGCGGCGCAGCGCCCGACGCCUCCGUCAUGAACCUCAUCUCGGCGCUGGAGUCGCGGGCGCCCCAACCCGGACCCUCCGCCUCCUCCCUGCUCUCCCAGUUCCGCACCCCCUCCUGGCAGACUGCCAUGCACACGCCGGCGCCGGCCGAACUGUUCAUCUCGGGAGCUCUGCCGGGUUCGGGCACCUUCCCCUCCUCCUCGGCGCUCAGCGCCUACCAGCACCCGGCCUCCUUCAGCGGGCGCAGCUUCCCGGUCAGCUCCCCGCUCAGCCUGCCCGAAGCCGCCUUCAGCCCCGGCUCCAACGGGCUCCUCUCCCCCCACGACCCCCUACUCCACAUCAAACCCACCCAACCCAGCGUCCCCUCCUCCCUGGGUUUCGAACGCCUGGGCAGCGCCGUCCUGGGAUCCGGUUUACCGGCGCAAGGUUCGGCGUAUCGAGGACCGCCUAGUUCUUCGCAGUUUAAUCUUCUCUCCGCUCCUUUGACCGCUCCGGCGGAGCAACCGGCUCAACUCUACAACGCUUCGGUUUUCGGCGGCGGCGGAGGCGGCGAACGGGCCGUGCCGCGACAGGACAGCGUCAUCAAGCACUACCAGCGGCCGGCGGGCGCUCAGCCGCAACUCCCGCCGGCGGCGCACAGCCUCCAGCACUACCUGAGCUGCGGCGGCACUUACCAACAAAUGCCGCACCGCGCCGCUCUCUCCUGCAGCCCUUUGGGCGAACAAUCCCCCGCCAGUUCCGAGGGCUCCCAACAACCUCCUAAAAACGCUCCGGCUCCUCGAGCGGAACCGACGCAGAGUUACCGACCCAUCAUCCAAUCUCCGGCGUAUUCCGGUACCGGCGGAGCUACCGGCGGAGCGACCGCCGCCGCCGCCGCCGCCAGCAACGGCGCCGCCAAAUCGAAGAGUUACUCGGCGUCGCGGCAGACCCCCCGUUCCACCGCCACCCCCAAGUGCCAAAGCAGCUACACCCCCAGCACCCCCAAACCCAGCUCCGUCAUCGCCAGCCAGUCCCCCGCUUAUUCCCCUGGCCAACCCCAAAAUUUACUAGCCAUGGGGCCGGCCGCCGGCUACGGCGCCAAUCCCCCGGCUCCCCAAAGCCUGGGGGCCGGCGGGCAGCCCGCCGGGGGCUUCAGCGGCGGGCAGGGGGGGGAGUUGGGGGGCAAAGCCCCCACUUACCCAUCUGGGGGGCAAGGCGGGGGGCCGGGGGGUCAGGGCGGGCAGGGGCUGCAGCCGUGCGUCAGCCAGGGCCAGACCUAUUCCCCGGAGCAACUCCAGGCUCUGCCCUACGGCGUGCAGCCGGAGGGGGGGCAAGCGGGUGCCUACGGCCCCCCGGCCCCCUCCCAGGGUUUACCCACCGCCAGCCCCUCCCUCAGCUACAGCACCGGCCACUCGCCCGCCAUGCCGGCCCCCCUGCCCUACGCCGGUUUGGGGGGCUCCAGCCCCUCGCCCAUCAUCCGACCCCUCCAAUCCCCCCCGGCCGCCCGUCCCCAGAGCGGAGCGUCUCCGGGUCAGUCCCAAAAAUACCUGGGCUCGGUUUUAUCCCCUUCUUUCAUGACGCCGGCUUACGGCGGGGGGCCGGGGGGGUUAGAGAGACCCCCCGCUUUCGGCAAAGCGGGGAAAGGGGAAGCGGAGCUGUUGGCGGCCGAACGCAGCGAGGACGAGGAUUUUCUCAUCCAACAUCUCCUGCAAGCCCCCAGCCCUCCCCGCGGGCCGGCCGAGGGGCUGGGGGCCUGCGAGGAGCGGGGGGGAGCGGGGAAAGCUUUGGGGGGCUACGGGGGGCUGGGGAAGGCGGAGGAGAGGUACCAGUUGCAGAGCGUUAUCCGACCCAAUUCCAAUUUGGAAGGGCCGGCGGCGCUGGAGUUGGCUCUUUUGAAGGAAAAGAAAAAACCCGAGCGAGCCAAGGAAUAUCGGGGGGCCGGCGGGGGGGCCGGCGGCGGGGGCGAGGGGCUAGCGGCCACCUCGGUGGUCCAUUACGGCCACCAGCCGCCCCCCCUCGAUUCUUACGGCCAGGAGCUGAAAAAACCGGCCGAGCACUUGGCCAGCGGCAAAGAACUGGGGCAACCCCACGCUUACUUGCCCAAGACCCCCGAACACGGGCGACUGGUGGCCGAGGGACCCCCCCUGGAGCCCCACGGUCUCCUCCUGGACCCCCCCCCCGACCUGGGGCCGGUACCGGUGGUACCGGUAGCCGUACCGGGGCUGGACCCCCAAGCCCCCCCGCCGUUGCCCCCCGAACCCAUGGAGGUGUUACCGGCCCCCCAGGAGAUCCAAGACUUUUUAGAACCCCCCCUGGGUUUAGAACCUCAUUUGGGGCAAAGCGGUGGGGUACAGGGACCCCCCGGUCACCUCCUGGACCCCGAGGGGGGGCCGUCGGUGGCCCCCGCCCCGUUGGAAGCCAAGGACCAGUUCGCCGAGGGGGGGAGUCCGGCGGGGGGCAAAGGCCGUUUCGUCCCUCUGACUUCCAUCUGCUUCCCCGACGCUCUGCUGCAGGACGAGGACCGGGGUUUCUUCCCGGUGGAGGAUAUGUUCGGGCCCCCCCCGGAAGAUUUCCCCAAAACGGCCGAGGAAGAGGAGGAGGAAGGAACCGGGGGGCUGGAAGCCCGUUCCGAGGGGCUGAAGGCUCCUCCUUACGACAUGGGGCAGAGUUACCCCGCUUUCUGCCCCGGCGAGGGGGCGGCCGGCGAAGCCCCCCCCCUGGGCUUGGAGCCCCCCAAACACGAGCUGCCCUCCACCGUCAACGCCGAACCUUUGGGACUGAUCCAGAGCACGGGCGAGGGGCCCAAACCCCCCUUGGCCGCCCCCCUUUUUUGCUCCUCCAAACCCAAGAAGCUGCUCAAGACCUCUUCCUUCCACCUCCUCCGCAAGCGGGACCCCUUCCCGCCCCCCAAAAAAACCUACGCCCAAGAGUACGAGUUCGAGGACGACGAGGACAAAGCCGACGUCCCCGCCGACAUCCGUCUCAACAGCCGCCGUCUCCCCGAUCUCCUCCCGGACCUCAUCUCCAGCUGCCGAGCGCGCCCCAGCCUCAGCCCCAUGGGGGACAUCGACUUCUGCCCCCACCCCGGACCCCACCCCGGACCCAAGAAACGCGGCCGCAAACCCACCAAACCCAAACGCGAGGGACCCCCCCGACCCCGGGGACGACCCCGCAUCCGCCCCUUGGCCGAACCCCCCGGGCUCCUGGCGCCCGACGGAGCCAAAAAGCCCCGGGGACGAGGACGGGGACGGGGCAAGAAGGGCGGCGAGGAGGGGGCCGACGGCAACGGCCUCGAGCCCCUCAAGCCCCUCAAGAUCAAGCUGGCGGUGCCGAAGGGUGGGGAGGGCCCUCUCCCGGCGGAAGGGGGUGCCCCCCCCGGAGCGGGUGCCCCCCCCGCGGGGCCCGACCCCCCCCUGGACACCAACCAGACGCGAGAACGGAUCAAACAGAAAAUCAAAGAAGUGGAAGAGAAACAACCGGAGAUGAAAUCGGGAUUCAUGGCUUCGUUCCUGGAUUUCCUCAAAUCCGACGAGGAAGACUCCGUCAGCAAAAACCAGGACCUGCAGAAGAGCAUCUCCUCCGCCAUCUCCGCCCUCUACGAUCCCGCCGACCGCAAGGACCCCGACCCCGCCGCCCCCCCUGGGACCCACAGAGCCCCCCUGACCCCCCCCCCGACGUGUGUCUGUCCCCCCCUCCCCGCAGACGUCCCCCCGCCGGAGGAGAAGCCCCCCAGCCCCACACCCUCGGAGGGUUCCCCGCCCGACCCCCCCGCCCCGGUGGUUUCGGUGGCCUCGGUGGCCCCGGCGUCCCCCCGGUGGCCAAGGCCCCCCGAGCCGGUGGCCCCCGCGUCCCCCGAGCGGGAGGAGCCGAGGACCGCGCCGCUUCACUUGGCCAAGAAACAGGAGACGGCGGCCGUCUGCGGGGAAACCGACGAGGACGAGGCCGAGAGCGGCGGGGAGGGCAUCUUCCGCGAGAGGGACGAGUUCGUCGUCCGCGUGGAGGACAUCCAGGCCCUCAAGUUGGCGCUGCAGACGGGCCGGGAGCCCCCCCCGAUUUGGCGGGUGCAGAAGGCUCUGCUCCAGAAGUACCCCGAGAUCAAGGACGGGCAGCGGCAGUUCUGCGCCACCAGCAAC